AUGAUUAUUUUUAUUAGUGCAAUCUUGAAUGUUGUAAAUUCAUUUGUUGGAGAUCUAACAUGUUCAAGUUAACUUACUCAAAGCACAUGUUGGAACCUUGGAUACUGCUUUUGGGAUGGUUCACUUUGUUAGAUAGAAGACUGCUAUAAAAUAGAUGAAAUAGCAGCAUGUAGAGCAACCGGAGCUUUACACUCCCCAACAGUAAUAUGCAAUGCAAUUGAAAUGGAAUCAUAUUAGUAUCAAUUAUAUGCAAAUGUUUGUAAUGAACCGAGUGAUGAUCCUAAUGAAUUGGUUUAACAUUAUAUUAGAUACUAAGAGCCCAAAAGUGGGUAUCCUGACAAAAGUUCAGAUGGAAUAACUUUGGCUUUGUGGAAUACUCUUUUCCCACAAUAUGGAUAUAUAUAAUAGAUCUAUACAAUUUAAAUUUUAAAACAAAGCAUGGUGCAAUUGGAUUAGACUCUAGACAUAUACAUCAGAUAUGGAUCUUUGUUUUUAUACGAUACUUAUUGGACAUACGAUCAAGAGAAAGCCAUAGCAUAUAUGUUUUAGCAAUUGAGAGUAAUUUAUAAUUAAUAAUAUGAAAGGAUGACACAACUUUAAUAAACACAAAUAAAAAUCCAAUGAUUACAAAAUUAUGGUCUGUUGUUGAUAACUUGUUCGAAAGAUUUAGAAUAAUUGGUAGUAAUUAUACAGCAAUUUACCCUCUUUAUAGUAUAAGUUAAGUGUCUUUGUCAAGAUUACAAGCGGAAUUGUUGGGUCGCAAGCACGUAGCCACUUUCAAAUGGACAUAAUAUAUCUAGAAUGGAUAUGUUUAGCUUUUGGGUUAUGACCUACAUUAAUUUGGGUUUGAUGGUUAGUUGACAUAAGUUUACGAAAUUAAUGUGUAUGAUUCAGGACACAACCCAUUAGCUUUGACUUAUGGUAUCAUCUAUACCUUCCCUUAUGAUGUAUCCAUCUUGCCUACCAUUUACCUCUAUUCAUUCAAUAAAGCAACUCUUUAAGAAACUUAAAUAAGAGCAUUGACAAUAGGAACUUUUAAUGAUUGUAGUUAUGAUGCAAUAACUUUAAAAUCCACCUGCAAGAUUUAUCCUUUGACAGCAAACACCUAAUAUUUUAUUGGUACAUCUCUAACCGCUUGUGGGAGUAUUACUAAAAGAUACCAAUGUAAAUAGCCUCGCUGUUUAUGGACAGGUUCAAUCUGUACAAAUAAUCCCCCAUGA